GACAAACACUAAAAAGAUGGCGACGCCAUACGUGAUUCCCCAGCGCUCGAUCUUCUCGGAAGCAGACUUGCGCCAGUUCCUCCGAUCAAGCGCCUAUGAAAACAUCCUGCGCUUUGUCAAGCAUCUGAACGAAUCCGUCAAAGGCAAGAAACUCACGGAUGAUGUCCCUGUGUCCAAGAAUGUCGAGUCGGUGAUGGCGCUGCUCUCGACGUUGAACGCGUGGAUCGACGAGAUUCCACCGAUUGCCCAGCCAAUGCGAUUCGGAAACAAGGCAUUCCGGAUGUGGUACGACCGCUUGGUGGAUGAAUCUCCCCGUCUCCACGAAGCUAUCCUAGAACCUUCCGAAGUGAAACCUGCCGCGAUCGAGUUGUGCCCAUACUUGAUCGACAGUUUUGGUAACCGCGUGCGUAUCGACUACGGCACGGGGCACGAAACCAGCUUCAUCAUCUGGCUCUGCGGAUUGCACAAAGUCGGGUUCCUCAGCCUGGCCGACUUUCCUGCGAUUGUACUCAAAAUCUUCAACGCAUACUUGACCGUCAUGCGACGCCUCCAAAAGGUGUACAUGCUCGAGCCCGCGGGUUCCCACGGCGUGUGGGGCCUUGACGACUACCAAUGCCUCCCGUUCUACUUCGGAUCGUCCCAACUCGUCGGGCAGACGAACUUGGCUCCGAGCUGCGUCCAUGAUGACGCAAUGCUGGAGCUCCAUCGCGGCGAGUACCUAUACCUCGAUGCGGUCCGGUUCGUACGCGAAGUCAAGUCGUCGGGCUCGUUUGCCGAGACGUCGCCCAUGUUGAACGACAUCAGCGGUGUCCACUCGUGGGACAAGAUCAACGGCGGCAUGCUCAAGCUAUACGAAGGCGAAGUGCUCCAGAAGUUCCCUGUUAUCCAGCACUUGCUCUUUGGUUCGCUCCUUCCCUGCACGUGGAAGCCAUCGCAGACCGGCGAGACGUCGUACAAGCCUGUGAGUACCCAUCCAGGCACCCGUGUUCAUGCUCCAAACUGGGACCUCCCCGUGAAUGACGCAGCCCCGUGGACGCCCGUUGAAGCUCUCGCCAAGACCGUCACCGACACUGAGACGGAAGCAAUUCCCCCCAAAGAGUAACUCGAUUCGAUUGUGCCUGUCAAGGCGGCCACCACCCAAACCAUCCUUUGAACGAAUUCCUGUCGUAACGGAGUUGUGUGUGUGUAAACCUGCGCCGGCAUGUGUG